ACUGUGGCAGGCAGGCAGGCAGGCAGCGCGGGGGCGCGCACUGUGGCUAGCAGGCAGCGCUCAGUCAGCAGCAGUUCCCGUGGCGGCCUCGGUUACGCGCCUCUAGAGCUGCUGGAGCCGCGGCGCCCACUCCACUCUCCAACCCCGGGACAAUCGCUCCUGGACAAUCGCGUGUGUUGACAGUCAGUGUCCGUGAGUAACCCUGUUGCAGCGGGCAGCAGCAGCAGUAGCAGCAGCGUGCACCUGGCCGAGGACAGGACAGGCAAGGGUGGCUGGCUCCCACCUCCACCGUUCACCUUCUUUGCAAGGAGGCGUGUUACAACAAAAAGUUGCUACCUGCUUGAGAAUACGUGAACACGGGGAGGAAGCGAAGAGGUUCGUGCUGGAUGUUUGAAGAGACAAGAAUAAAGAAUGGUGGAUACCCAAUUACCUUUAUGGCCCAUCAGCUUUGCUAUGGGUACAAUGGACCUGUCGGACCUUGGCAACCAUCCUCAUUCCUUUGAUGUGAAACCCUUUGCUACCGUGGACUUUUCCAGUGUUUCUCCAGUCCAUUAUGAAGAUCAUGCAGCAACCUCUUUAAGAAUUGAUGAGGCAUCCUCUGACUAUAAAUAUGAUGACAUAUUUCAGGACUACCAAAGCACUAUUAAAGUUGAACAUACUUGCUUCAAUGAAAUAUCAGGGAAAGGAUUAGCACUUUCAAAACUGCACGAGGAUUCAUCAAAUUCUGUCUUGUCUAUCGAGUGCAGAGUGUGUGGAGACAAGGCUUCAGGUUUCCAUUAUGGGGUCCAUGCUUGUGAAGGAUGCAAGGGUUUCUUCCGGAGAACGAUACGGCUGAAGUUGAUAUACGAUAAGUGUGACCUAAACUGUAGGAUUCAGAAAAAAAACAGAAAUAAAUGUCAGUACUGCAGAUUCCAAAAGUGUCUCACAGUUGGCAUGUCGCAUAACGCAAUUAGAUUUGGAAGAAUGCCACAGGCUGAGAAGGAGAAGCUCCUGGCUGAAAUCUCCAGCGAUACUGAUCAACUGAACACGGUCUCUGCUGAUCUCCGAGCCCUUGCCAAACACAUGUUUGAAUCGUACAUUAAGACUUUCCCUAUCACAAAAGCGAAAUCUCGUGCAAUCAUGGCAGGAAAAACAGGGGACAAAUCGCCUUUUGUUAUUUUCGACAUGAAUUCAUUGAAGGUGGGAGAGGAACGCAUCACAUUCAAGCAAACGCCGCUCCACCAGCAGAACGCAGAGGUAGAGAUACGAAUUUUCCAACGUUGCCAAUUCCGUUCCGUGGAGGCGGUGAGGGAAAUCACUGAAUUUGCUAAAUCUAUCCCGGGAUUCGUAAAUCUCGACCUAAACGAUCAAGUAACCCUUCUCAAAUACGGUGUGCAUGAAGUGAUAUUCAGCAUGCUGGCUUCCCUGAUGAAUAAAGAUGGCCUGCUGAUUGCUGCAGGCCAGGGUUUCAUGACCAGGGAAUUUUUAAAGAGCUUAAGGAAACCCUUCUGCAACAUCAUGGAGCCUAAAUUUGAAUUUGCCGUGAAGUUCAAUGGUUUGGGCCUAGAUGACUCUGACAUUGCGAUAUUUAUUGCUGUGGUCAUACUCAGUGGAGAUCGGCCUGGAUUGCUAAAUGUAAAACCAAUAGAAGAUUUGCAAGACAGCAUCUUACAAGCACUUGCUUUUCAGCUGAAGAUGAACCACCCAGAUACACCGCAGUUAUUUGCAAAAUUGCUUCAGAAAAUGACUGAUCUCAGACAGAUUGUUACUGAGCAUGUGCAGCUUCUGCACACAAUCAGAAAAACGGAGGCAGAAAUGAGUCUCCAUCCACUCCUGCAAGAAAUAUACAGGGACUUGUAUUAGAGAUUCUCACCCUGAAUCACUGACAAACCCAGUUUAUCCUUCACUAAGGGCACUGUUUUAUUAUCUGGUCUUAACAAAUGACGAUCAUGUCUUCACCAAGCAUCAAAGCAAUAGUUUGUGGAAUGGCAACGUACUCCAAUAAGCAAAUGUUUCGGAAAAGGAUAUUUUCCAUAGCAAGAACCAUUUUCGUUUGGAUUGCACGUGAAGAAUCCCUUGACUGUCCCGGAAAAUCGGUUCUUUAUGGAAGUUUAUUUUCUAUUGAAUUGUGAGAAAUAAAUAAAAAAAAUAAUGCUCAGAGUAUUCACAUUUUAACAUUUUUCUAAUGAUCAUUUUUUUUUUGUGUGCACUCUGUGAUGCCCUUUAGGACCGCACUUGUAUUGUCUCAUCAUUACUUUCAUGAAUAAGAUUGAAGCUUAAACUGAAACAUUGCUACUAUCAACAAUCAUUAUUUCAGGUAUCUCUUGCCAAGUGUCUUACUAAAAGAUUUCUGUUUUUCUUUAAAGAAAAGUCCAGAUGUAUAUUUAAUUAUACAACUGGGUUUAAUUCUGGACAUUCAAAUUCGCAACAUUUGAAUGGUUAGUUUUUAUUACUUUAGACUCAGUACUAAAUCUUUUGAAUAAUUUGAAAGGUGUGUUGAAAAUUCUUGCUGCCAAGUAAUUUUUCAAGGGAAUAGAAAUGCACCAAAUGAAAAAGAAGGGUGUUUUAAAUGAAUUCAUAUUAAAGUUAUUUUCAUUGUUUUAAAUGCAAAGAGUUUUUAACCGAACAAUGUGACAAAGUAGUAACAUUGUACUGUUGUACAAUCUACAAAGUGCUCAACAUACUUACACUGGAUACUCCGUGAGGUCAACAGAAAAAAUGCAAUAUCUGUCUAAAAUGUAAAAAUCUUUAUUAAAAUAAUUCUGAGUGUAAUUUAACAUUAUGAAUAUUACAAUGAAGGAUAUAGAAGCUUUUCCAAAGAGAUUAUGUACCUUAAUUUGUAACUGUGUAUAUGCAAUAGAUUAAAUUCAAAAGUUAUGGAAAAAAAAGGCUAAUUAGUUAGUAAAAAUAUAAUUAUAAUUAGAAAGCCUUGCUGAAGCACCUGUGUGCAUAUUAAGAGUUUUGGUGUUACAAAUCUGGUUUGAAAGGAAGUCUUUAAGAUAAAAGUGUAUCCCUUUCGACGCAACCUGUCCUAUCACUAAUUUGAAGAGAUUCAUGAAUGCUUUUGUCAUUUGCACCGGAUAAGAAAAAUGAAAUUCUUACUUGCUGCAGCCUUACAGGUAUAUUAGAUGCAAUAACAAUACUCAAUAUACAAUAAAGUGUCCGUUAUUCUAAGUAAACCAGACAAUGAUAGUGCAAAACCCAAAGUACUUGGAGCAACCACAGCUGUACAAAGUCUGUGGUGGUUCGGUAGAGUUGAGGUGGUUGAGGAAGAUUGUGGUUAAGGUUUUACUGGGUUGUUCAAAAACCUGAUGGUUGAAGGGAAGAAGCUGUUCCUGAGCGUGGAGGGAAUGAUUCACGGGCUCCUGUAUAACCUAUUUGAUAGCAGCAAGAAGAGUGCAUGGCCCGGGUAGUGUGGUGUGCUUCCUGUAGACGACUUAAAUGGUGAGGGUUCAGUAUGGGAUGAACCAUCACCCAGCAGUGUUAUUUUUUAUUAAGCCUCCUCCGUUCUUGAGCAUAUGAAUUUUCAAAUAAGGCCAUGAUACGACCGGUCAGUAUGUUCUCUACUAUAGCUGAGGUUCAAUAGAGUAUUGGUGAGAUACCAAAUCUCCUCACACCUCUGAAGAAGUAGUCAUUGAUAUGCGUCGGUAGGAACUGCUGAUGUCUGAAGAAGGGUCUCGACCCAAAACGUCACCCAUUCCUUCUCUCCAGAGAUGAUGCCUGUCUCGCUAAGUUACUCCAGCAUUUUGUGUCUAUCUAGAAUAUUGUUGUGACUCCAUUAAUUUGUAAUGGAGAGCUCGCCAGGGAUGUUCACACCCAGGAACAUGAAGCUGUUGACUCUCUCCAACACUGUCCUGCCGACAAAUACUGGUGCAUUGUCUUUCAGCUUUCCCUUCCUCAAGUUAGCAAUAGGUCUUGCUAGCAUUGAGAGCAAAAUUGUUGUUCUGGCAAUCUAGAUUCAACUAUGUAUAUUUGAGAUAUUCAACUAGAUCAUAAGAUCCUGAGUGAUAGGAGCAGAAUUAGGCCAUUCAGCCCACCGUUUACUCCACCAUUCAAUCAUGGCUGAUCUAUCUCUCCCUCCUAACCCCAUUCACCUGCUUGCUCCCCAUAACCCCUGACACCCGUACUAAACAAGAAUCUAUCUAUCUUAAAAAAUAUCCACUGACUUGGCCUCCACAGCCUUCUGUGGCAAAGAAUUCCACAGAUUCACCACCCUCUGACUAAAGAAAGUUCUCCUCAUCUUCUUCCUAAAAGAAUGUCCUUUAAUUCUGGGGCUGUGACCUCUAGUCCUAGACUCUCCCAGUGCCCAUGUCCUGCCUCAUCGUUACCUGUUAUUUGCAUCGUUGGCCUAUUUAAAGAGCUGCUACACAAUGACGGACACAGAGAAAGUAGAGCAGGGGUCUGAACACACAGUCUUAAUGUGUCCCUUGUGCAUAGGCUCAGCGGGGAGGAGGCGUAUCUUGUGCGUAGGCUCAGCGGGGAGGAGGUGUUUCUUGCUAAAGUUGAGGAUACAUGUGCAUAAGGAACAGUACAGACCUGGUUCCUCGAAUUUGACAAUGAGGUUGUGAACUCCACGACUUAAUAGGAACCUGAGGGGUAACAUUUUCACACAACGGGUGGUGGGCGUAUGGAACGAGCUGCUAGAGGAGUUACUUGAGGCAGGGACUAUCACAAAGUCUCAGAAACAUUUGGAUAGGUACAUGGAUAGGACAGGUUUAGAAGGAUAUGGGCCUCUAAGCAGGCAGGUGGGACUGGUGUAGAUAGGUCAUGUUGGUCGGUGCUGGCAAGUUGGGCCAAAGAGCCUGUUUCUGUGCUGUAUUGCUCUCUAUGUGAUUCUUCAUGUAGCUUGUUCUACAGCUCUGCACUUUGGGCACAUAAGUGUUAAAUCAUUUUAACACCAAACGUCAUGGUUAAAAAUGCUUCUUGCUAAAUAAUUGAACUGGUGGCGACUUUCUCUCCAAUGAGAAUGGUGGACACGAAGAAAUGCAUAUCGUUUAGAUGACAUGAAAUGUUUAUUUACAAAAGAGGGAUUCUCACUUUUGUUCACAUUUCUUUUUCAUGUUUUUUCAAGACAUGAAGUUGCCAUUUGUCCCUUUGAGUCUAUGCCCGUCCUCAGAAUAUUCCCAUCACUCCCAUUCCCAUCUUAUUCUGUGUCAAAUAUACAUCAAGCUCAACCCACACCCAAUUGCUCUCCCCCGACUGACCUGUGUUCGGAGUUACAGCCUAGGUGCCAAUUCAUUUCCCAGAACAUCAUUAGGAUGAGGGAGAAUUCUGAAGCAUCAAGAGGAAACCUAUGCCAUCACAUGGGGAAGAAAACAAACUCCAUACCGACAACACCCAAAGUCGGGAUUGAACCCACACCUCUAGAGCUGUCAGGCAGCAGUACUAGUUGGAUGGAUGCUGUGUCACCUGAUAUUUUUGGUCCCCUCCAUUUUUUAAAAACAAACCCACCAAAUAUUAUUGCUGAUUUUGAUCUCAUCUUACAGGGGUCUUGCUUGACUGAGCAUCGGGAUGCAGGUUCUUCUGUUCGUUACAGCCAAAUAAAGGCUGGAUAGCAGGAAACCUUUAGAUCAGGUGUACUUCACCUCCUAUUUUAACGCAAUAUAUGGCAGCUUACUUUUAUAUUUACAUUGCAAUUUAUUUUAUGUUUACACUUAUAACGGAAGCUGCUUAUGCUAUAAUACCAUGCCUGCACUGCUCAAAUUACAGCAUGUUAACCUGCAAAGUCAAUUGUAUAGUCUGUGGUUUUUACACACCACAAUAUUAAGUUGAAGUUUUAAAACCAGUCGCUGGACUAAAUUGACACUUCCAAACCUAAUUACUUAUUUCCUUGCCUAUGCACAAGAAUGUGGAUGAUUAGCAGUAACAUCUCUUACCAUGCAACAUAAAUCUAAUACCAAUGUAACACUCAAUUUCUUGUAUACAUCUGGGAACAAUGUGGGUCCGACCCUGGAAACGAGGCCUUAAUGCUAGGAUGUUGCUAGAUGAUGGAAGACAUAGCCAUAGAAGACAUUGGAUUAGACAAUAGGUGCAGGAGUAGGCCAUUCGGCCCUUCGAGCCAGCACUUCUCCUAUGCACUGGUGAAACAUAUUUAUUUUUUGGUAUGUUGCAUUUUUUGGAGGUGGGGGAGACCAGCCUCUUAGAUCCUCAUCCUGGGUGUACAACUUAGAGUCAUAGAGUGAUACAUUGUGUAAACAGGCCCUUCAAACCCAACUUGCCCACACAUGUCCCACCUACGCUAGUCCCAUCUGCCUAUGUUUGGCCAGAUAUCCCUCCAAACCUGUCCUAUCCAUGUAGCUAUCUAACUAUUUCUUAAACGUCAUGAUAGUCCAUGCCUCAACUGCCUCCUUUGGCAGCUCGUUCCAUACACCCACUACCCUCUGUGUGAAAAACAUACCCCACAGAUUCCUAUUCAAGUUUUUUCUCCUUCACCUUAAAUCUAUGUCCUCUAGUGCUCGAUUCCCCUACUCUGGGCAAGAGACUCUGCAUCUACCCCAUCUAUUCCACCCAUGAUUUUAUACACCACUAGAGGAUCACCUCUCAAUCUCCUGCACUCCAAGGAAUAGAGUCCUCUUCCUAUAGCUUAGACUCCUCGAGUCCAGGCAACAUCCUUGUAAAUCUUCUCCGUCCCCUUUCCAGCUUCCCCAUUAUGUCAGAGAAUCCACACCAUAACUCCCAACAUAAGGUCAACACCUCACCACUUGCGGUGGCAAUUCCCAAUAACAUCUUUCAUUUCCAUCUGACUUUACAGUUUAUAUGUGUACGUUAUCAAAUCACUGCUCCUCUGUAGAGUCUCUGUGUACUACUCGCAAAGCACAUGCAAAGACCAUUUAGACCAGUCGGUUUACAUAGAUAAGUUUGAAUAAUUGUGAACAAAACUUCAUGAAAGAAAAUCUAUAGCAGGGAAUACUCAGUGGUAAGAUAUAUGCAUACAAUGUUGAAUUCACUCCUCUCACUUAUGUACACUUUUGUUUAAACAAUACAUAACAAGGGCUGAUGAAACUUGUUUGUCAGAAUGACAGAGCAGAAUUAAUGUGAACAAUAGCAUAAUCUGACUAACUUCAGCGUUGACUCUGCCUAAAACCUUCAGACAGACAAUAUUCUAUCUGUUCAAAUAAAUGUUAUGACAUUUUUACUUAUUGAGGUGCUCUCUCUUAAGUCAUUGUUUUAAGGGCACAAAUUUCACUGAUUUUUAAUUGGUGGAACAUCACAUCCUAACUAAAACCACCAACAUGUGUUGAUGUGGAAUCGUACAGGGUGCAAUAUGGGUGUAUUCAUUCACAUUUAAGUGCAAUUUCAUAAUGCUCUGGAAUAUUUUUAAGAGAUGCCAAUUAUUUUUUUUCUCUUCUUUCUGAAAAAUAAUAUAUGCAGACAGUGGCGGACUGGGUCUAAAAAUAUUGGUUGCCAGGAGACAAAGGGGGCCCACUUGUUAUAGGGGGCACACUUCAUCACGAGCCAACUUGUCAUUGGGCAAGCUGACACCCUGGCCAGUCCGCCACUGUAUGCAGACCUGUCAGCAAGGGGUUAACAACAUUGACCUGCUAAAACCGGGAUAUGUUUCAGGGAUAUUGUGUCGCCUCUGUAUUUGGAAGCAUGUGUGGGCCAACAGAAAUGAUUGUUCAAAUCAUCUGGUGGUAAUGUUUGCCAAAUUAUUUAUGAUAUAUUGCACCACCAGUAAAGAGAAGCCCAUUGUGAAUAUCAGAAUGUCUCCACUAGCUGGAGAGGGAAGGAGGAGCCACAGUAUUACUGGCUCCCUUGUAUUAUGUGGAAACUUGGCAAGACAAUGUUGGACUUCCUCCUGCUGUUGGUGUUGAUGAGUAACUGGUUCAGUUGAAUCAGCAUAUCCACAGUCAGGUUUAGAUCCCGGCUGAUUACAUUGCGGCCAAAUUCUCUUCAUAUUUUCUGCCAAACUAUAAACAAAUAGCUUUGUAUUCUUUUUACUAAUGUGAAUAGUUCGAUGAUACUCUCUCAGAAAAUGUUCCUUCAAAUCAUGCAAUAUGAUGAAACCACUGGCAGCUUUAAGGUUUUAUAAAUCAGCAAGAACUUUAAUGGGUUUUUAUUUCAGUCUAAAUUGGCCGCACUGAUAUUUCCGAAAAGUAAAACAAGGUUUGCUUUGCAUAUAUGUGUAUUUUUUAGUCUUUAACAAAAGUAAAUAAGGGACAAAAUCAAAUUAUAUGGCAUGAGGUGGGAAUUAAAACUAAUGAUGUACAUUUGAUAGCUUUAGAUAUUCAUACUAAUACUAUUUUAUGACGCACAGUUUUUCUACAAUGCAAUGAAAAAUAUUAAAGUGUAUAACUUUAAAGGCACUCGCGUAGGGUCAAAUCUGUGAUGUUUUUCAAAACAAAGAAUAGAUUAUCAAUAGGUUAACUUAUUGUUGUGGAACUUUUAAAACUAAUGACAUAUGACAAUGCAUUUUGAUUAAAUUUCCCAAUUUAAGGCAUUACAUAAUAUUUGUCUAACCUGAGCCCAUGUAUUACAAUGCCAACUCAUCAAUAAAAAGUUAAAUGCUUCAUUCAUUGUUUCAUUUCUCUUAAAAACGAUUACAAAUCUGAAGAAGUGCUUUUGAAAUUACACCUAGGUAAUGAUAUGCAAAUUAUUUGCAGAUUUUGUAAGCAUAUAGAGAUGUUUUAACAUGUAUGAAACGCAGUAAAUAACAUUCAAGGAUUUUUAGAUCGAUGUUUAUUUUAUUGUCCAGCUUUGCUUCUGGCACAUCCUAUCACGUCCAGAGGUAUUAUUUGUCAUUACGUUAAAAUGUAUUGAAGCCUGGUCGAAAUGAUUAGUUAAAUGCUGUAUCAAGCUAAUGAUUUGUAAUCAAGAAUCAGUAACGAGUUAUUGUAAAGACAAUGCAAUAUGAAGUUGUAACCACCAGAGGUCGCUGCUGCAACUGUGACAGACUGGAUUAAAAUGGUCACGAUGAACAAACUGCUCAGUGGGGCAAGUAGCGUUUGAUGCUGCCCGUCCUGCAUUUUGUGUCUACCUUCGAUUUAAACCAGCAUCUGCAGUACUUUCCUAUACAAACUGCUCAGUGGGAUGCACUUACAGCCAUCAGUAACCACUUUGCAGAGUUUUAUUGUCAUUUUGAACUCAUUGUCAAUGCAAGAGAAGGAUUUGAAAGGACUGUUGGAUAAGAAAGCACAAAUGUGGUGAGAUUCUGUCACUCACCGUACAAUAUAGUCAUUAUUACUCAAAGGGAAUAUUCUAGUUAUGUAAGCGUAUCUGUAGACUGUAAAAAUUAUAGUUCUGUACUGGAAAAAUAUUUUAAAU